CGUCACUUCCGGCGGAGGGCGCUAGGCGCUGCGCCUGCGCUGUGCUCCUCUCGGAGCAGUUAGUCCCGGCGCCGCGGCCGCCGACGGCACAUCCCCGGGUGGCAGGCAGGGAGGGCGGGAGGCGGCCCCGGCGACACCCCCGGCAGCAGGGGCAGCAGCAGCGCCACAGCUCCGCAGCCCCGCCGCGCUCGCUCCGCUUCUUCCUCUCUCCCCGCCGUCCUCCGCGCUCAGGCCCCCCGGAGCCCGCUCGCCGUGCGGGGCAGCGGGGGGCCCUCGAGCCGCGGGCCUCGGUGUCCCCGCGCGCGCCCGCGCGGGAUGUGAGGCUCUCGGCGCCCGCAGCCUGCGGCUCCCGGGGCCUUGGGGGCCUCGCGCCGGCCACACCAUGAAGAAGUUCUCCCGGAUGCCCAAGUCGGAGGGCAGCGGCGGCGGGGCCGGCGGAGGGGGCUGUCCGGGCGGCGGCGGCGGCGGCGGCUCCGGAGCCGGCUCGGGAGCCUCCUCCGUGGGAGUCCGCGUGUUCGCCGUGGGCCGCUACCAGGUCACCCUGGAGGAGCAGCUGGCCGAAGGUGGAUUCUCCACUGUGUUUCUGGUACGGACACAUGGUGGGAUACGUUGUGCAUUAAAGCGAAUGUAUGUUAAUAACAUGCCUGAUCUGAACAUCUGUAAAAGAGAAAUAACAAUUAUGAAAGAGCUAUCUGGACAUAAGAAUAUUGUGGGUUACUUGGACUGUGCCAUUAAUUCAGUUAGUGAUAAUGUAUGGGAAGUACUCAUCUUAAUGGAAUACUGUCGAGCUGGACAAGUGGUGAAUCAAAUGAAUAAGCGACUGCAGACGGGUUUUACAGAGCCAGAGGUGCUGCAGAUCUUCUGUGAUACCUGUGAGGCUGUGGCCAGGCUGCAUCAGUGCAAGACUCCAAUCGUGCACCGGGACCUCAAGGUAGAAAAUAUUUUGUUGAAUGAUGGUGGAAACUAUGUCCUUUGUGAUUUUGGCAGUGCAACUAAUAAAUUCCUUAAUCCUCAGAAAGAUGGGGUAAACAUAGUGGAAGAAGAAAUUAAAAAGUAUACGACUCUGUCAUACAGAGCUCCUGAAAUGAUCAACCUUUAUGGAGGGAAACCUAUUACCACCAAGGCUGAUAUCUGGGCAUUGGGAUGCUUGCUGUAUAAGCUUUGCUUCUUUGCUGUUCCCUUUGGUGAGAGUCAGGUUGCUAUUUGUGACGGCAAUUUUACUGUCCCUGACAAUUCUCGUUAUUCUCAUAACAUGCACUGCUUAAUAAGGUAUAUGCUUGAACCAGAUCCAGACCGUAGGCCUGAUAUUUUCCAAGUGUCCUAUUUUGCUUUUAAGUUUGCCAAAAAGGAUUGUCCAGUUUCUAACAUCAAUAAUUCUUCUCUUCCUUCAUCUCUUCCUGAACCUUUGACGGCUAGUGAGGCAGCUGCUAGGAAAAACCAAAUAAAAGCCAGAAUAACAGAUACCAUUGGACCAACAGAAACCUCAAUUGCCCCGAGACAGAGACCAAAGGCUAAUUCGAGCACUGCCGCUCCCAGCGUGCUGGCAAUUCAGAGCGCAGCUACACCGGUGAAAGUACCUGCUCCUGGCGAAAUUGGUAACCAUAGGCUGAAAGGAACGUUGAAACUUGGAAACAGUCAAGAGAUGGUGUUGACUCAGGGUCAGCAGCCUCCCCAGCAACAUAGAGUACUCCAACAGUUACAGCAGGGUGAUUGGAGAUUGCAGCAGCUUCAUCAUGUACACCACCCUUACCAUUACCAGCAGCAGCAGUUAUUUCAGGAUGCGUAUGUGCAGCAGCAGGCAGUGCAGCAGCAGCAGAUAGUCCAGCAACAGUUUUUAAUGCAUUCGAUGUAUCAGCCGCAAUCUUCAGCAUCCCAGUACCCUGCAGUGAUGCAACAGUAUCAGCAGACUUUGUUCCAGCAGCAGAUGCUUGCGCAGCAGCAGCAGCAGCAGCAGCCUUCCCCAGAGUAUCUCCCCUCUCCUCAAGAGUUCUCCUCAGCCUUAGCUUCCUGCCCUUCGUCUCUUCCUUCCCAGGUUGGAGCCAUAAUAGACUCUUCUUACAGUGCCAAUAGGUCAGUUCCUGAUGCAGAAGCAGCUGCUACUUUCCCAAAUCAAAACCUCAAUAACCCCCCUGACAUGUCGGGCUGGAAUCCGUUUGGAGAGGACAAUUUCUCUAAGCUAACGGAGGAGGAGCUCUUGGACAGAGAGUUUGACCUUCUGAGAUCAAACAGGUUCGAGGAGAGAACAUCCUCAGAUAAGAAUGUAGACCCACUUUGCGCUUCACAGAACCACCCUCCAGAAGAUCCUUUUGGUUCUGUACCUUUCAUUUCUCACCCAGGUUCUCCUGAAAAGAAGGUUGAACAUUCAUCUAGCAGUCAAGAAAAUAGCAUAGGGAACUCCGUCAAAGAUCUAAAAACAAACCAGGCAUCUAAAGAUGACCAGAAUGGAAGCAAGACUGAAGAUGCCUCUUCGGCACGGGGGCAGAUGCAGAAGAGGAGCGACGAGUCUGAAAGUGAUUUUGAAUCAGAUCCUCCUUCUCCCAAGAGCAGUGAAGACGAAGAACAUGAAGAUGAAGAUGUUCUUCAAGGAGAGCAAGGGGAUUUCAAUGAUGAUGACACUGAACCAGAGAAUUUGGGUCACAGGCCUCUUCUCAUGGAUUCUGAAGAUGAGGAGGAGGAAGAAAAACAUAGCUCUGAUUCAGAUUGUGACCAUACCAAAGCGAACUAUGCCGACGGAAGCCCUCUCAGUAGCUAUGGAGGCCGAGCUGGUAGUGGCCAGGCCAGAGCUCCCAGGGUGCCCCUCCCCAGCCCGACGCUGUUCCCUCCUGCUGGAGGACGAGUCACCCCCAGGCAGGAGUUUGAUGCGUUCGGCUCAGUCCCGUUCUUUGCGCUUCACGCUCGGCAGCCUCAGCACAAAGAAACAAAUGAAAAAGACUUGUCCGCACAGACUGUUUUUCACAGUGUGGCAGCUGAGCAGGAUGACUUCGACGUAUUCACAAAGGCGCCCUUCGGCAAGAAGGCGACAGUGCAGGAUUGCCCCGCGGCCAGGUCUUGGGCACAGACUCUCCCCGCAUGCCCCAGAAGUGUGGACAUAUUUGGCUGCACUCCCUUUCAACCCUUGCCCCCGGCCACGCGUGAAAGUGAAAGCAAAGAGGACCUUUUUGGGCUUGUGCCUUUUGAGGAGAUAGCUGGGUGUCAGCAGCAGCAAAAAGUGAAACAGCGAAGCCUGCAGAGACUGUCCUCCCGCCAAAGGCGCCUAAAACAGGAGGUGUCGAAAAGCAACGGGAAGCGACAUCACGGCACCCCGACGAGCACCAAGAAGACUCCCAAGCCCACCUAUCGGACGCCGGAGAGGGUCCGCAGGCACAAGAAAGGAGGUCGGCGAGAUUCUCAGAGCAGCAAUGAAUUUUUAACUAUAUCAGAUUCUAAGGAAAACAUCAGCGUGGCACUGACUGACAGUAAAGACAGAGGGAGUACCCUGCCAUCUGAAGAGAACCUGCUGGAUCCUUUUGGUGCCAAACCCUUCCAUCCUCCAGACUUGAUGCGGCACCCCUCCCAUCAAGGCCUGAGUGAUAACCGUGGGGACCACAGUACGGCCUUGCCUGGGAGACCGAGGCAGAGCUCAUUACAUGGGUCCUUUCAUAGUGUAGAAGGAUUGAAAACGGACGACUUUGGGGCGGUGCCCUUCACAGAACUUGUGAUACAAAGCGUCACGCCGCAGCAGCCCCCGCAGGCCCACCAAGGAGAGCUAGAUCCAUUUGGUGCUGCUCCAUUUCCUUCUAAGCAGUAGAUGCUUCCAACAAAACUUUUUUCAUUGACUCCAAUUUUUAAAAAGUGAAGUUUGUUUUAUGAAUUUUCAAGAAGACAAUUUGUAUCGCUCUUUGUACCACUCAUUACUGCAGGUCAAUUAGAAUAGAUUUAAAAUUAUUUGAUUUUGUAUAAACCAAAUGGAAGAGGAAGUAUCUCAACAGGGUAGAAACUUGGGCCCUCUGAAUGUGGGGGUUCCUUCUGAAGAGGAGAAAGGGUAGCAGAUAUGAGCCCUAACAAUCAUUUUAGCUGCUAACUUUCUGGCACAGAAACGAGGGCUGUUUCACUAAAACAGUGAGAGAGCCUUUGGAGAUAAUUAACUUUUGCACUUUGUGCUGCCUUUCCACUCCUGGGACAAUAAAGGAGGAGGGGAAAAAAAAGGUCUAACAUUUUAUACGUAUAACAGAGUGAUGCUUCUUGGAUGCAUAGCUCUGGCCCAGUCAGAAUCCAGCAUUACGAAUUAGAUGUAAACCCGGGCUGAGUCAAAACAAGUUAAAUCUCUAAAAGAUUAAAAAGCUGUAGGUCUCCAUGUAGAACUCAUUGGCUUCAGAUCUUGUACAUGCAGAGCCAGAGGUGACUGACUUGUGCCUGACAUCUUUUAUUCUUUACAGUAAGUGCCAUUAAUAUAUUUAAAAACUACACACAUGCCUAAAAUGGAAACUAAAGAUAAGGAGAAUCUGUUGAAGAAAAUUUUUUAAAAAGCAUGAAUGUAGGAAAACUUGGUAGGGAAGCCGCCAGCAUAAUCAGCACUUAUGAAAAUGUAUCCAUUAAUGAUGAAGGGCUGAUUUAGCCAGUGCUUCAGUAAUGCCCCCAUAAUACAGCAAAACAUUGGGUGAAGACAAACAAGAGAAUUAUGCAGACAUUUUAUCCUAUGAAAAAUUAGGGGAUGUAGCUAAAAUAAUUUCAUUUCAUGAGUGAUUUUAUUGCAGAAAUUUUAUAUAUAAAUCGUGUUGCAUUUAACAUUUUGUUUACUAUUAUAUGUUGCUCAUGUGAAAAUUAUUUUAUUUUUGGAGGGUAAUAGUAGUAUUUGCCAAAUGCACUGAGGUGAAGUGCAUGUGACACUAGUUAACAGACAGGUGCAGCAGAGGAGCAAACUACAGGUAGUUCUUGGAAGUCUGGUCCUGUUCAAUUGGGCAACUUCAUAGCAUGCCACAGAGCCUUACAGGCAGGACCCCACACCUGCAACAAGUACCUCCACCUUAAUUAAAGUACCUCUUUUCCAAAAGAUGCACACAAUUCUUCUAAAAAGGAAUGCAAAAGCAUUAGGCACUGAGAGGUUAAUGUGUGUCAAUCCACUUUUCAUGAAAAGAUCUUAGUUACCAAAUUAUUUUUCUCAGUACCACAAAUCCUGCUUGGAAACUUGAAAUGUUCACAGAAAUUUUCAUCAUGUCUGUAAGGUAGAAAUUACAAAUGUGAAUGACUGAACAUCUAUGUGAAAGUUUGUAUAUGUAUCUCUGGUGUUCUCACUACUCUUCCUCCCCUCAUUGUCAAAAUGGAUGAAAACAAUUUAAGACUAUUUAAAUGGCUCUUUUCUGAAUUUAGCAUUGGAUUGACAGAGCAACAAUUAGAAAUUUCUCGAAACUUUCAAGAUGUCCCAAAAAGGGGAAAAAAACCCAAUCAGUUUGAAUUCUUGAUUUUUUUUUUAAAUUUUAAAUUCAGCUCUUUUGGAGCCCUUGUAAUGAAUUUCUAUUAGUAAUUGAGUUAGCCUUCUUGGCAAUAGUACCCCAUUGAGAUGGGCUGUUUGCAAGUUUUCAUGGAAAGAAGUCAACUAACUUUGGAAAGAAGCCAAAUCUAUGUGUAAUUUUAUACCUGUCUCUUUAUUCCUUCAUUUUUUUCUGUUUUCUAGAAAAUGCCAACUCACGGUAAAAGCUGUGCUAAGGUCAAUAUGCAGAGUUAUUUAUAGGGUGGCAGCAGGCUAGUAUUCACUUGCUACUUUGACUUGGAACUGAACUUGGUUGCUCUGUUAGACUUUAUCAUUUGUUUCUUCUUUGUGCCAAAGGCAAAUAUGUUUGCACCUGUUUUUGUUUUUUUAAAUUCUCAGGUUGAUGAAAAUAAUUUACUCAACUUCAAGUGGAUGCCAGUUAAAAAGAAAAUAUACCGAAAUUAUUUAAAAGUGAAAAGAAUUGGAUUCAACAAAUAUUAAACACCCACUGUAUUUAAGGCAUUGUGCUAGGCACUGGGAUGUAUAACAAAGUUGGAACACAGUUUGCAAGGAGCUUACAGUCAGAUGGGGGGAAAAGAUGUACCCUAAUAAUUGAGGUAUGAGAGUGGGUGAGAGAGGUGCAAGAACUAAUUAUUCCACAUGGCAAAUUCAUGGGUUACAGUAGGUGAACAGACAAUGUCAGGCCAAAUACAUAAAUAUAGAUAACAUAUGCAUGUAUGCCUUCAUGUAUGUGCACCGUCCAUCUCUGAUGAUAGCUUUAGGUUUUUGGCUCCUGGGUAUAUGCCAGAAUCCAUUAAGUUGUUAACUUUCGAAAACAGGGGCGGCGAUGUGUGUGUCCUUAGUAAUUCUAAGUGGACUAGAGAAAGAAAGUAAAUCUUGUUCAUCAUCUUGAAUUUUUAGGUCCUGUUUACUUGCCUUUCAGUAUGGCAACGCUUCGAUCGAGGUAGUGAAGGCCUCUUAGGCUUGCCAUGUUGUCUAAGUGAUAACUACGUUGAAGGGUCUUGUAGACAGCACUCUUAAACUUUUUAUGAUAUGCUUCUUCAGUGUAGAGUGACCCAAACAAGGGCUUUCUCUUUUUGAAGGGAAGUCCUGAAUAAAAGCUAGCCUACCAGUCAGGGUCAACUUACCUUCAGAGACCUGGCAGGUUCCUUUGAUGUUGAGCCAUUAGCCAUUUUCAAGAAAAGAUGGGCCACUGUUUUCUCUCUCCAUAUUCUUGUUACUCUGUCCUUCAGAAAAGGGCCUAAAGGCAGACUAUCCAUCCCACUAUGCACGGCUCUACAGAUAACAUACAGUAGCUGGCAAUGCUCUAUCAAUUCAAGGAGGAAGUUCCCACACCAAUCAAAUCAGGUUCUUCAGUUAGUUCAACCUUGGUUAUUUAUAGCAAGAAACUUAAGAGAUUUUACUUUGUCUUAGUCUUUCUCUUCUUUGCCUUGUACUCCUUUAAUGAUUUAAGAAAAUAGUCUUAACUCCAAAUUCUAAUGCAUUUUAGCAAUAUCGAGGGAUACAGAAGGGUGUCUCUUUUAAACUGACAAAAUUCAUAAAAUUUCAAAAUUCUUUAUUAAUAGCUUUAAUAUUGCUAAUUGCUUGCUAAUGAUUAUUUUUUAAAAAAAUGAUCCAUUUUUCUAGUUGACUGUUUUGAUGUUUCUAUCACAUUCACCACAAAAGUAACCUGGCAUAGUGGAUAGAGAAUGUGUCUUGGAAUGAAGAAGAACUGGAUUCGGGUUCUGCUUGUCAUAUACUGGCUUAUGACAAUGGAUAGGCAAGGCCCUGAACUUGUCAGUACCUUCAGGCAAUUCCCUAAGACUCUAUCUUGCAGAACAAUCGAUGACCUGCAUCCUUACUGAGAGGUCCCUAAUAACAGAUCUUGACCUUGCUCCCAAAACUAUUUUCAUGUUAAGAUUAUUGAGGUAACUCGAUAGGAUCAAAGAGAUUUUACUUGGUGGUUGUGCAUUCAGGUAAGGAAAAAGAUGUAGAUAUUGAGAAUGAUCAAAAUUAUAAUUGAGUAGCGUUAUUGUUCUUUAGGAAAAAAAGACAUCAAUACAGAAAUAUUGCAGCUUUCUUCCUCUCCUCCUCCUUCGCCCCUCCCCCCCAGCUUUAUGUGUAUGUAUGUGUGUAUAUAUAUGUAUAAAAUGUUGUGUGACCAUAUCUGGGGUAAACAGGUGGAUGCAAUAUUAGUCAUGUCCCACUUAACAAUGAUAAUUAAGUGACUAUCUUCCUCUUUAAGAGCCUGUUCUUUUAUUUUGAUACUCAUUAGGCCUUGAGUAUCUCAGCCACUCUGCUGACUUUUCUAAGAUAUUAAGUAUUGCCCAUUGGCACUGGGUAUCACAAUGGUACUAGAAUCCAUUCUCGGCUUAAUCUGUUCUAACUGUGAGCAAAAAUUACUAGCUCUGAGGGAUUUUGGACUAAGGGUGUAUAAUGGACAUACACAAUGGUAGGUGACAUUUUCAUUUCCCCACUAAUUGUGUGUGUGUGUGUGUGUGUGUGUGUGUGUGUGUGUGUAUGUGUGAGAGAGAGAGAGAGAGAGAGAGAGAGAGAGAGAGAGAGAAACUCCGUUAUUGGAAGUAUUUUUUUCAUUGUUAAUCAGAUCCAGAUAUUGAGAUGACACAUCUACUGUGAGAAUGAGAUGACAUGUUUACUGUGAGAACACCACAACUGAUACUGUUUAUCUGAAAAUUUUUAUACUCGUUUUAUUUAUCAAUAUAUACACACAUGCAUGCACCUAUCACAUUUUACUACUGUAGAGUUAAUGUGAAUUUUUUAAAAAUGUCAUUGCAACAACAAUCAUUUUCAUAUGACUAGGAGAAAAUCAGUUCCUAGUGAGUGAACAAAAGCCACUAAAUUAAAAAGCAGGAUGCAAAUGCAAAGGGUAAUGUUAGGUGUGUCUUUUAUUUUGUUUUGUUUUAGUGCUACUCUUGAGAGAAAAAAAUAAACAAAUGUUUAUAUUACUAAGUUGUUUCUGUGAUUGAAAUGCCAUCAAAUAGUAAACUGUUUAAAAGCUAUUUUAAAAUUGCUGGCCAACUGCUUUAAGUGCACUUUCUUUGAUUUCAUCUACUUUUUUGUUGUUGUUAAACUUGAGUUUUUUUUGUGUACCGCUAAACAACUUUGACUUCUAGACAGAAUUGAUACGUGUAUAUGGAAUGGAAAAGCGUUUAUGAAGCGCUUGCUACCUGCCAAGCACUGUGCUAGGCACUAGGAAUACAAAGAGAAAAGUAAGAUGGUCCAUGCUCUUGGGAGCUCACGUUCUAAUGAGAGAAGACAACCCAUGCAGGAGCUGUUAGUUGCAAGGCAGAAAGGCCCAGUGGUCCAUGGGGUGCAGUGGGGGGUCAGAUGGCAACAGAGGUGGGUCUAGAGGGCAUAAUGGCAAGUGGACCUUUGGGAGCAAUCACAGGGCACACAGUAAGGCCCAGUAGUCUACCAUCUUUACCAUAUUUCUGUCUUUACACUAUCUGUGAUUAUUACAAAGUAGACAGGCCAAAUCUUCAAUGACCAAAUACAACUGGGAAAUAACUAAAGUUCAUGAUCAGUUAGUUUUCUCUAAGCACUAAAUAGAAAACAUUUACUACAUAACUGUCUUAAUUGCUUGCCAAACAUGUCUUUCAUUUUAUUUGAAAUUUUAAGAAUUAUUUUCUAAUUGUGUUUAUCAUACUUGAUGACUAAUAUUCUAUUUCCUUUUUAAUGCAAUAAAUUUCAAUUGGAUUCAGUAUUCUAUACAAACAACCAAUGACUAUGUUAUUGAUUGAGUUCAUCCUUUAAAAAAAGAUUUUCUAAUGUAAACUUUGGGGAAUUAAAAUGACAAAGUUGGAUUUUCUGACAGUUCUAGGACAGGUCUGCUUUGCUAGUAUUGUUAUAAUGGAUGUUCACAAUGAUGAUGAAGCACAAGUUCUUGAAGUGACUUUUGAAUCAAAGAUUAAACUGCAUUCUGUAUAA